CCUCCCAUUCAUGAUUUAAAGAAUCAACUGAGGAGGUAGAUCCCUGAAAAUGGAAGAUGAACCAACAAUGGUCGCUACAGCUGAAAGUAAUGUCGAGAGUGAGGUGAAGCUACUUAGUGCUAUCAAUGACCAGUACGGCGGUGUCAUCGUCGACAUCACCGAUCCUAUCGACCCUGCCUCCUUCCUUUCAUUUCUCACCUCUUCAAUUGCGCAUUGGAAACUUGAGGGGAAGAAGGGUGUUUGGAUCAAAUUGCACAUCCAGCGAGUCAAUCUUGUAGAACCUGCAGUGAUGAACGGAUUCUGGUAUCACCACGCAGAGCCUACUUAUUUGAUGCUCGUCAAUUGGAUUCCUCCUUCUCCUCACACUAUUCCUGCCAAUGCCUCCCACCGUGUCGGAAUUGGUGCAUUUGUUUUCAAUCAAAACCGAGAGGUGCUAGUAGUUCAAGAAAAGAGCGGACACUUCCAGGGGACAGGUGUGUGGAAAUUCCCUACUGGGGUUGUCGAUGAGGGAGAAAAUAUCUAUGCAGCUGCUGAGAGAGAAGUAAAAGAAGAAACUGGAAUUGACACAAAGUUUGUGGAAGUCCUCGCAUUCAGACAAAGCCACAAGUCAUUUUUUGAGAAAUCAGAUUUAUUCUUUGUAUGCUUGUUGCAAGCCCUUUCCUGUGACAUCCAGAAGCAAGAACAAGAGAUAGAAGCCGCUCAGUGGAUGCCAUUUGAAGAAUAUGCUGCUCAACCCUUUCUCCAGAACAAUGAGCUGCUAAAGUACAUGAGUGAAAUAUGUAAAGCAAAAAUGGAGGGGGAGUAUUCUGGAUUUUCUCCGGUAACUACAACUAGUCUUUCUGGAGAGAAGAGCUACUUGUACUUGAAUAGUGGUGGAGCACCAAAGCGAGACGGUGAAGUUGAACUGUGAUUCUAGCAUCAGUUGAAUAUCCAUCAAAGAUUUCAUGAUUCUAGUCAACCUUACAAAAAAAA